UUGAUUCAAAGUCGCACGUAUGAAGACGCGCUCUCGCUCCUUCGCCGCGGAAAAUAGGUAUUAUGCUUUCAUAUCUAACCACGAAUCUAACCUAAAUUUCGAAAGUAAACACGAACAAAUGUCAGAAAAUAUGGAUUAUUACGAAGUGUUAUCCACAUUAAUAUCCAGUAAUGAUGAUUGUGCUAAGAAUUUUGAUGGCAAAUUGGCACAAAUAUUGAAUAAAGUAAUACCAAUUCUCCCAGAAGACAUAAAGCAAUUGAUCAAAGAUGUCAGCAUCAGAAAUCAGUAUUUGCAAACAAUAAUUUAUACGUUACGCAACAUUAAAGAAGAAAAUGCAAGAAUAGGUACCGAUUCGCCUAUAAGUGUAAAGCAAUUUCGUUCUAUAAAAAUUGCAGUGGAAUUAAUAGUAGCGAUCGGAAUUAUACCUUUUCUAUUAUCUGGGGUUGGUGUAGGCAUGGCUAAAUUAUGUCCCAAAGCUUUAACAAUAUUUCAAGAGGAAGAGGAAUUGGGUUGCCUGGAGAAAUACAAACGAUUAUGUUUUUCAACAAAUUCACUCCUAGAUCUUUUUGAUAAUCUCAAUUUACGACCAGCUGUAUUUUCCCAAAUUGGUCCACUAAUGGCUGCCUUGUUACAAUUGUCUCAUGCUCCAUUGGCUAAACCGAGCAAAGUUGAACAAUCCUCAAAUGUAAAUAAGCACGAAUUUCAUAUGACAGUAGAAGAAUACCAAAGGCUGCAAAAUUGCCAGAAAGAAUUUCAUACUAAAUUAAUUUCAUUAUUAAACAAUUGUCCACAAUACCUAUGUUUUCGAGAAUUAAUGGUAAUUCUUGGAAUGCAAAAUGCACCAAAGUGGCUACGUAAAGAAACUCAGAAUUAUUUAAUUAAAAUACUUAUACAACCAAAUGGAGUGUUAUCAUUAAUCGCCGCGAUUUGUGAGGAUGAUUUGGAUCUGGGUACAGAUUGGAGAAAAUUGGAAACAGUUUCUAAAUUGAUAGCAGUAUCGCAUGGAAAGAAUGUGGAAGAAUAUUAUAAAACUAUAUGUCCACAGAUUUUAGAUCUGCUCUCUUCAGGAAAUAUAAAUAGUUCAAUGAUAGCAAACUGCUGUAUUAAGGCUCUAUACGAUUACAAUUCGAACGCUUGUCAAAAGUAUAUUAUAGAAGUUAUUUGUGCGCCUUUAUUAACAAAAGAACCGUACACUGUAAAAUCCGAGAAGGAAAUAGAACAGUGUAUAGAAAGAUUAGCAAAAUGUUUAACAGAAGAUGCCAAGUUUAAGCAUCUACCUUGUACAGUUAUUUUGCACGUUGCUACACCUUUAUUCUGCCUGCACAAUACAGCUCGUGAGAGUGUUUGCAUAUUAAAAACGAAUCUACGACGACUUUUGUUGAAAAUUCUUGAAAAAGAGACUACGCGGGAAAAUCUUUAUUCAGCUUUUCUUGGACACGAUACGUCAGCAGAAUUCGGAGAUUACGUGACGGUACAGUUCGGACCAACCAGUGGUCUCAAAAUUACUGGCCUGAAUAAAAAUUUGAAAUAUGAAGAAUUAGCUGAUGCUAUUUUCGAAUUAGUAUCCAUCGAAAAGAAUUUAUCCCCCAGCUUAUUUUGUUACAUGUUGAAGUUUCUGUCGAAUAUAAAUAAGUCGAGCUACAAAAUUGAACGACAAAACGUGCUGGAGACAGAAGACGACAAAAUUGAACAUAUCACGAUGCAAUUCGCAGCUCACAAACUUCUGUCACAAUUAGCUAGCACUAGUACCAUCCAAGACGCACAAGUAAAAAAUCCCACGCCACUGCUAUCAUUUAUAAAAUCAUUGUUCGAAGCAUAUACAAAGACCAAUCAAGACGAAACAGAAGAGAGCGAAUGCGAAAUAUUAUACAUCAGCUUAAUGCUGAUUAAAUUUCUGAUUGAGAAAAAAUCUGUACUUGACAUUGAUCUCUUCAAAGAUUUCGCUACAUUUUUAAAAGACCAGCGCAAGAAUUCGAAUAUGCCGAUGCAACUUAAAUCAUUGAUCGACGAAGUGGUGACCUGCAUCAUGACGUAUAAUCCGAAUGAAAAAUCCCAAGCCAGAAUCAAAGAGAGGAAAUGCUAUCAAGACAUGUCGAUAAAUCCAACGACGUCGAACAAAUUUGACGAGGCCAUCAGAGAUCUCGCGGAUCCGUUACUUCCUGUUCGUGCACAUGGUCUCAUAACGCUCACGAAACUGAUCGAGAAUAAAGAUCCUUGUGCCAUCGCGCGAAAAGGAGUCGUUUUGCGUUUAUUCCAGGAAAAUUUGAAGCACGAAGACUCAUUCGUAUAUUUGGCGUCUAUCAACGGGUUGUGCACAUUAGCAACUGCAUUCCCGAAAGAAGUCAUAGAAAUAUUGAUGCCGGAGUACAUUGAUAUGCCCAAUCGUGCAGACGCGGAAAUAACUUUUGAAACUAGGAUAAAACUCGGGGAGAUAUUGGUCAAGACAACGAGAGCUUUGGGUGAAAUGAGCGUAGUUCAUAAGAAUGCACUAGUAAAUGGCUUUUUGUGUGCAACGCGUGACACAGAUCCCUUAGUACGAGCCUCCAGUCUCUCUUGCUUGGGAGAACUUUGCAAGGUGUUGAACUUUCGAUUAGGAAAUCUUCUUGUCGAGAUUCUUUAUUGCAUCGCGUGCAUAAUAAAAUCGGACAAAACGCCCGAAUGUCGACGUGCCGCUGUGCUGGUAGCUACGCUUCUAUUUCGCGGCCUCGGCAGGGACACGUUGAACAGUCUCGGUAGCGAUCUACUUGACUUGUAUCGCGGAUUGAAGCAUUUGCGUGACAAUGACGACGAUCCCGUAUUACGGCUUCACGCUCAGUUAGCACUGGAGGAGAUCGAUCACAUUGUGCGGGACUUUCUGUCCGCACCGCCUAAACUAGAGAAGAGGAUAUUUUUGUUGGAUCCACCGUCCAUUCCAUAACAUAACUAAAUACGGAACGAACUAAUAACAAUCCGUAUGACUAACAAAAUAUCGCACGUCAUAUGCACACAAUUUCUUGUGCUUGUUUCUUCGACGGAAAUGAAAUCGAAAGCCAUCUGAUAUAUUGAAGAAAUAAAGUGAUGCAUGAUUCGUUAUCACUUCUAGUCGCCCCAGACAUGACAUUGCGAACAAUUGAAUAAAUACCACAACGGCGAAUUCUUGCCGACAUUACAGAAAUGUCGAAUCUUCGGAGAAGAAUCCGGCCAAACGAAUGUGAUCUCGUUUAAGACAGGCGUAAAGUCGCUGCGGUUGCGGCGUGGAGGCUGGCGAAGGCCGUGGCAUUAUCGCCCGUAAAAUAAACUCCUUGCACGACGGCUCGGGAAACGUUUUAUGCCGGCCGUCUCUUGCGGCAUUCGUUGCGUCGUUGGUAUUGCUGAGGGAUGUCAUCAUGUGAGCGGCCUGAAACAAAGCCGAAGUUUAUUUUACAUUGAAAUGUAUGAUAAUUGAAUUGACAAUGAAUCUGUAAAAAUUAUUACCUUCUGAGCGUCGCGGAACAUUGUCGUUAUUCGGGCUCCGAUGUCUCCCCUGGAACCACCGGGUACGCUCACUUCCUUUCCUCGCAUCAGUUGAAUUAAGAAGGAUGUAAAUUCUUUAGAGUCUUUCCCGCCUAAUUUGUGCUGCAGCGAAUUCACCUGUGCGACUAGCGCCUCCACACUCUCGACGUCGCGCGUGAUUUCCUGAGGAAGAAUUAAAGUAACAUGUUAUAUAAAUAUUUAUAUAAUAUUCAGUAAUUAAAAUAAUAAUCCUAAUUAUGGUAGAUCGGAGAUUCUGAUUGAGGUAUAUACCUCGUACAAUUGUAGUUUCUGAUGAAUUGGUUUCGUCGCAAAUUGGAGCUUAUUAAGUAUGCUCUGCGCUACAUCAGGCAAACUCGGAAGAGCUUCUUGCUUUUGCGAGCUCAGAGUGUGGAGCGCGGCGUGCGUCAGACACGGUAGCAAAAGCUGCGCAACCUGGCAUAUUCGCUUCGAGCACAGAUAAUGCAGAGCCUUCUCUGCUUCUCGCGUGUCGUCGAACAAUCGCUUUUGCCGGUGCGCGGGAACUGGCUGCGCCGAUGCCCAGGUCGUCGACCACGGAUUAUCGGGGAUCAUCAUACGCGCCGACAAGUGGCCUGCAUUUCGACAUUCGAUAUAAAGAAUGUUGCGAUGAACGUCAUUAAUAAAAAUUUCAGGACAUAUCUUUAUAUUCCUAUAUAUUUUUAAUUAAAAAAUAUAUUUUAAUUAAUUUCCUGAAAUUUUUUAUGUAUCACGAAAAUAAUACUGACCUUUCCCUUGUCCCCAUUCGUCGACGCCCUCUUCGUCAAUCCAAUCCCUCGGGGAAUACCAUCGAAUAAAGUCCUCCAAUACUGCGCCAGGAUUUGCCGCCUGAAUUAUAUAUGAUAAAAGUAAAUAUAUGUUUCGUAAAAAA